AUGGUUGCCCUUUUCUUAAAGGGCAGAGUCACCCCUGACAAUGAUCAACGGGUGUAUAACAAACCUUCAGUAGAUCAAGUUGCGGCAAUUUGGGUAGACGGAAACAAUCCAAAUAUCUCAUUUGAAAGAGAUAUUGUAGUACACGAACAUUCCGGGAACAAACAUCGAGUAAAACAUUAUUAUGGCUGUUAUGAUCCUCUACAGUAUCCAUUGAUUCUACCAAAUGGUGAAGGAGGUUGGCAUCAAGGAAUAGUGAAAUCUCACAAUCUAAAUAUCACCAUUCCUACAUAUACAACAACAGCUGCCAACAUAUGCCCUCGAUCAUAUGCCAGUGCAACAGAGGUUUUGAACAAUGAAGAACAAGGUGUACGACGCGAAACAAGAGGUUCUGUUUCAUGCAGAGAGUACUACUGCUAUAAACUACAAGUACGAACGAAUGACAAAACAAUUUUGUUGCUAUCUGGUAGAUUGUUACAACAAUUUGUAGUGGACAUGUACAUAAAAUUGGAAACCACGCGACUUGAAUAUUACAGAUUCGAACAAUCAAAUUACAGAAGAGAGAUAUUACAAGGUAUCAUUGAUAGUGUUACGGCAGGCGAAUGCAGAGGAGAGAAGGUCGGGCAAAGGGUCUUACUACCAGGGUCAUUCAUUGGAGGCCCGAGGGAUAUGCGACGACGAUAUAUGGAUGCUAUGGCACUGGACCUGAAAGACCAAUUAUUUAAAAAGGAAAUUUUUGGCCCGACAGCAGCACAUGUUUUUGUAGUUGAAUUUCAGAAGAGAGGCCUACCACAUAUACACCUACUACUAAUUUUAAAACAAGGUCAUAAAAUAACAUCAGCAGAUCAGUAUGAUCGAUAUAUUUCGGCUGAGUUACCUGCUAAGGAUAAGCAGCCAGAAUUACAUGAAUUGGUUAUUAAGCAUAUGAUUCAUGGUCCUUGUGGUAUAAAACGACAAUCAAGUCCAUGUAUGAAGGACGGACAGUGUAAGUUUCACUACCCCCGAGCAUUCAACAACAAAACAAUACAAGGGAGGGAUGGAUAUCCUAUUUACCGAAGAAAAAAUGAUGGGAGGACAAGUGAGGUUCGAGGAAUGAAGAUGAAUAAUCAGUGGGUUGUCCCUUAUAAUCCAUAUUUAUUGAAGAGAUAUAAUUGCCACAUUAAUGUAGAGGUUUGCUCAGGUGUUAAAGCAAUAAAGUACCUGUACAAGUAUAUAUAUAAAGGACAUGAUAAGUGUGCAGUUUACAUUGAGUCAGACGAAGGUGAAAAAUUCAUAGAUGAAAUUCGAAGCUUUCAAGAUGCACGUUGGGUGUCACCACCUGAAGCAAUGUGGAGGAUUUACGAGUUUACCCUAAGCGAAAUGCAACCAGUUGUUAUAAACCUACAACUACAUCUACCCGGUAAACAAGCAGUCUACUAUUGGAAGAAGCAAAAUCUUCAAAAUAUUGCAGGCUCCCAGUUUGUACAACAAACUAUGCUUACUGAGUAUUUCAGGAUGUGCUUGAAUGACACUAACGCUCGCAAUUAUCUAUAUAGAGAAUUCCCCAAGCAUUAUGUUUGGAAUUCCCAAUCUAAAGUUUGGACUAAAAGAAAAUCACGCUCCGUGAUCGGCAGAAUAAAUGUUGGUAAGUAUUACACUUUGAUAUGUGGCAUUUAUGAGUUGAACAAUAAACUAACGAGGAUGAUCGAAAUCACAGCUAAUCCUAGAGAAGGAGAAAGGUAUUACGAGAGAUUAUUAUUGAAUCAUGUUCGAGGUCCGACAUCAUUUGAAGACUUACUCACUGUUAAUGGAAUACAUUGUCAUACUUUCAAAGAAGCUGCCAAGGAAAGAGGUUUAUUAGAAUCAGAUGAUAGCAUUUCAGAAUGCUUACGCGAGGCUGUAAUCUUUAAGAUGCCUGUAGCUCUUCGAAUGUUGUUUGCGACAAUUUUAGUUCAUUGCAACCCAACAGAUGUAAGAAGACUAUGGGACACAUAUUAUAACGAUAUGUCAGACGACUUUCAGAGGACCCAUGCCAAAUCAGCCGAGGCCAAACUCCAAAGUACGUUGAAAAGUGUAAAUUCAUACUUGGAGAGUAUGGGUCAAAGUGUUGCAAAAUUUGAUAUGCCACAAAUCCAACAAGAAUUACAUCAAGGUGACACAUAUGAAUGCCGAGAAAUAGUCGAAGAAAGGUCUGUGAAGGUGCCAACUGAAGAUAUGGAGGCACAAUCAAAGUUGAAUGAACAACAAACGCAAGCAUUCAAGACUAUCUUGCAAAGGACCGACUCUGGAACACCAGGAUUAUUCUUUGUAGAUGGACCGGGUGGAACUGGAAAAACAUAUCUAUAUCGGGCAUAG